UCGCCGCUGUUACAGGACCAACAGACCACUUUUACUUCACUGAAUCUGUUUUCAUCUUUUAGCAAACAUCGAAAAUGAAGCACGUAUUUAUUUUUCUCUUGUUGUGUUUACGUGAGCAUGGUGUGUUUGGUGUUGACAAAAGCAGAGUGACAGUGAUGGAGGGAGAUUCAGUCACUCUACACACUGAUGUUAAAGUAACCCGGCAAACAACAAUUAAAUGGCAUUUUAAGAACAAUCUCAUUGCUGAAAUCACUGGAGCUCUCAGUUUUAGCUGUACAGAUGUUCAGUGUAAUAAUGGCACUGAGAGAUUCAAAGACAGACUGAAACUGGAUCAUCAGACUGGAUCUCUGACCAUCACGAACAUCACAAACACAGACUCUGGAGUUUAUACGGUAGAUAUCAGCAGCAGAAGAGGCCAAAUAAAGAUCUUUGUUGUUGCUGUACGUGAUGCUUCUGCUUUUCAACGAGAUAGAAUGAGGAGAAAGUCAGUGAUGGAGGGAGAGUCUGUCACUUUAAAUUCUCAUGUAACAAACAAACAAAAAGAUUUAAUGAUGUGGUAUUUUAAUGACACUCUCAUUGCUGAAAUCACUGGAGAUCAGAGUAAGAUCUGUACAGAUGAUCAGUGUGAAGAGAGAUUCAGAGACAGACUGAAACUGGAUCAUCAGACUGGAUCUCUGACCAUCACACACAUCAAAACCACAGAGGCUGGAGAAUAUAAACUACAGAUUAUGAGCAGCAGCAGAUUCAGCAUCAUGAUGAGCUUCAGUGUCACUGUCACUGGUAUUUACAGUGUUGGUUCAGAUGAAGUGUCAGUGUUCGUGUUGGAGGGAGAUUCAGUCACUCUACAAACUUAUGUAAAAACAAACCAACAAGAAAAGAUUAGAUGGUAUUUUAAUGGCAUUCAAAUAGCUGAAAUCACUGGAGAUCUCAAACAUAUCUGUACGGAUGUUCAGUGUAAAGAUAGUGAUGGGAAAUUCAGAGACAGGCUGAACCUGGAUCAUCAGACUGGAUCUCUGACCAUCACAAACAUCAAACGCACAGAUUAUGGACUUUCUGAGCUACAGGUCACCCACAAAAGAGGCAGAGUCAGUAGAAAGAUCUUCAUUGUUGCUGUAUAUGGAUUUUCUGGUGUUGGUUCAGAUGGAGUAUCAGCGUUUGUGAUGGAGGAAGAUUCAGUGACUUUAUACAUUGAUGCUAAAACAAACAAAUCGGAAGGUAUUAAUUGGAAUUUUAAUUUCGCUGUCAUCGCUGAAAUCAGUGGAGAUCUCAGUGAUUUCUGUACAGAUGUUCAAUGUUUUGAUUAUGGUACUGAGAGAUUCAAAGACAGACUGAAGCUGGAUCAUCAGACUGGAUCUCUGACCAUCACAAACAUCAGAACCACAGACUCUGGAGAUUAUUAUCUAAGAACUGGCAGGGGCCUUAGAAGAGCACGAGCUUCUGACUACCUCUACAGGGACCCUGAUUCAAUCAGUGUUUCUGUAUAUGAUGUUCCUGCUGCUCAAAGAGAUCAAAUGAAGAGAAAGUCAGUGAUGGAGGGAGAAUCUGUUACUUUAGACACUGGUUUCAUAAAAAACCCAAAUGAUAAUGACAUUCAUCGCUGA